GAAUUCUCAGAAGUGUUCUCGUUUUUUUAAAGCACCCUGUAUAUGUCAAAAUAGGGUUCUGUGUGACAGAGAGAUGCAUCACGUCGUUUCUCUUUGCCUGAAACUUGCGUGCAGGCCACGAACGUGAUGGAGAACAGCAGCAGCGUCGUCUACCUCGCCACGUUCCAAGCUCCGUACCUUGUCAAAGUUGUCAUCUUCAGCCUGUGCGUGCCGCUCUUUGUUAUCACGGUUGUGGGCAACCUGCUGGUGCUCGUGACGGUGGCCGCGUCCCGGAACCUGCACAAGCCAAUGCACAUUUUCCUGUGCAACCUGGUCGUGAGCGAUGCCAUCGGCUGCACGAGCAGCGUGCCCAAACAGCUGCACGUCAUCUUGACGGGAGACACCCAGAUCUUUUACUCAUCUUGCAUCGUGCAGAUGUUCUGGAUCCACUUUUUUUCAAUUAGCGAAAUAUUCACGCUUACAGCCAUGGCUUAUGACCGCUACCUGGCCGUUUGCUGCCCGCUGCGCUAUCACGCGAUCAUCACCAACAGACGCGCGGUCAUAGCCACAAUUGUCAUCUGCACGCUGGCGGCGGUUAUUGCAGGCAGCCAGACCAUUCUCAUCAUCCCACUGAAAUUGAAGGACAAAGAUCGACAGGUCGAUGGCAUUCACUGCGAUAACAUGGGCAUACUCAAGCUGUCCGCGUCCGACACGCGCAUAAAUGAGUCAUACGGCUCGGCAUUGAUCGUUGUUGAUGUAGUGGCUUUGGGCAUCAUCGGGUACACUUACUUUAAGAUAAUUGUCGAAUGCAAAAAAUCUCGGUUGAAUCAGGCCAGAAAUAAAUCUAUAGAGACUCUAAUCACCCACUUCCUGGCUCUGUCGAUAUUUUUCGUGGCAAUAUUCGUGGCGAUCCUGGUGCCGCGGUUCAUAAAAAAGACGGAAGAUUCCGCGUCCAGAAACAUAAAGUCUGCGUCACAGCUCGCCGUGUUUGUGGUGCCGAUCGCCAACGUGACAAUCUACCUCUUCAGAACAAAAGCGCUAAAGAAAGCGAUCGUGUUUCACUGCCACAGGUUAAUGCUCGUAUUUCACCUGCGGUUGCACAAAGUUCAAGCUGUAGAAGAAUAAAUCUGAAUACUUAUAUAAGCGAGCCGCUAUAUAUAUUAAACACACGAUUGCUGGGACUGUGGUUAGGAGUGGCUUAACCAUGCUUGCCACUGAGCAUUCUCACGUAAAGACACCUAGUAAUGUUUCAACGUUUUAACAUUCAAAGUGUAUGUUUCCGAACAAUGAACGCCUCUGCGAUCCGUGUGCGGUUGGGUUGUGCCGCGUGUCGUUCGGCAUGACUCACAGCACGUGGCGCGAAACGUCGGACAUUGUUCCCAACAACACGCAGCACAACCCAAAAAAGCACAUUUCGGAGAGCCGUACAGCGCAACCACAAAGGCAGCACAACCAACGCGCGCAGCCCUGACACUCAUCACCUUGUCACAUCUUGACAAUAAUUAUGUUCUCAUGUGUGGUGACACCUUUCUCAAGUACCGUCUAUGCCUGGUCAACUUUGUCCUGAAGAAGUUGCUCUCUCUCUCUCUUGACAUGAGUAGUUCGAAUCAGUGCAGCCUGCAUGUCCAGGUGUUUCAAGACAAAUAAAAGCGAUACAUUUAAAUUACAUGCUUUAACAGUUUGCAAUGUUUCUUCCACGCCUAGUAUGCAGGAGGCAGUGAGUUCGA